AUGCCAAGAGGAACAGAACCAACAGUAGCAGAAUGCUGGCAAAUUGUUGGCAUGCAUCGUGUGGGAACCACAUUUCGGCAAAUUUCGAUUUUAAUAGGAAAAUCUAAAAAUUGUGUUGCAAAUGUGGUUAAAAGGUGGAAAGAAACUGGUGAUCCAUUGCCAAACAAACAUACAGGAAGAAAUUCAAUAAUUUGCAAUAUAGAUCUAUUACGUGUAGAACUUUUAACACUAAGUAAUUAUAAAAGUUCAUUAAACCAGUUAACAGAAACCUGGAAUACAAAUAAUGCAGAUCUUCAGGUUUCUCCAAGAACAUUUCGACAUUGCUUAUAUAGUUUGAAUAUACGAAGACGGGUAGCCUUAAGAAAACCAUAUCUGCCUGAAGAUAGCCGUAUAAAACGAUAUAGAUGGGCUUGUCGUCACAUUAAUUGA